GCCAUAACGUGCCCUCCGUUUGAAGGCUGCGGAAACAACCAACAUUUCUCACAAAGUGAUUGGCUGAAAGGUUGCACUUGUCACUAUUUGUUGUCCUGCAGCUGUCAUGUUCUAUCACUCUGUUAGAUGAUCCUGUCAGGUCUAUGUUCCUGCUUGAAGGUGUUUGGAUACUCAACAUUAUAUCAACUGCAGUGGACCAGAAUCAGAGCUCAGAGAGGAACCAGGUGAAGUCACACAUCAGAGCUACUACUAAACUACUUGUCAGUACAGUUAGAAUCAUACAGUAGAUAUUACCAUUACAAGUCAGUUAGAAAGGUUAUCAAACAGUUAGUUAAGAUGGAUGCCUACGUCAACAAAGAGGUUGUUGAAAACAAGAAUGGAGCAAUGAGGAGAGUGACGACUGAGACACAUCCCUCAGCACCUGACGGUUCAGGGAGAAGACUCUACGGGAUGGUUGCUGUAAGCUUUGGGAUGCUGUGUGUUCUACAAAUAUGUUUAAAUGACUGGCAAACCACAUCCAAUAUAUUCUGUCCUCUUUUAGCAGACUGUCUGACUGAAGAGACAGACCAGCAACAGAGGGAGAAAGAUGAUCUUAUGGGAACGUUUUCUAAUCCGGGCUGGAACAAGUUUGAAUCCUGUUGGUACUUCGUCUCUUCUGAGAGUAAAACCUGGAGUGAGAGCAGACAGGACUGUGUGGAGAGAGGAGCAGACCUGGUGAUCGUAAACAGCAGAAAGAAACAGAGAUUUAUCUUUGCCUUCAACAAGAGAGCCUGGAUCGGUCUGACUGACAAUGAGACUGAGGGGUCCUGGAAAUGGGUAGAUGGCACACCACUGAUAACAAGUUACUGGAUAAUCGACCAGCCUAAUAAUGGACGAAGUGUUUCAACCUUUCCGGGGGAGGACUGUGUUGAAUUACAAAAUGGACAAGACCAGCCUGAAAAGACAUGGAAUGAUUUAAAUUGUGCACAAAAACGUAUCUGGAUUUGUGAGUUGUGUAACAAUAACUCACAGUAACAACUACCCAUCCACCAUCUCCCCUUUUCUAUCUCUCUCUAUGACUCUCUCUGACUCUCCCUCUGUCUCCAUCCCUACUCAUUUAUGUUUUUUUCAUUCUGAACAUAUAAAUCAAAUUCCCAUUCCCAUCCCAUUUACAGUACUUCCUGGGAUGCAUUAGUAGCUUCCUGUCUUCAGUAGUUAAAUGAUGGACACAUCAGACACAGACAAUGAUUGAGACACAACAACACUAAAAGUAAACAGCUGCAUUAGAACAGAUAGAAAGGACCAGUAUGAGGUUGUUAAGUCAGUACAGUCGACUCCUGAUAGGUGCACAUCAGAUAAGUGUGAGACCUGGGUUCAAAUACAACUUGAAAUCGUUCAAAAGCUUUGAUCGUUUGCUUUAGCCUGCCUUCAGAGCCAGGUGGGUACUGGGGCUUUUCUGUAGCAACAGAAGUAUUUUAAAUCAUUUCAUAUAGAGAGGCAUUCUGGUAGUACUCCUUAGACACUGGAUUCAUUUAUUAGGUCUCGUAGUCUCCGAAUUCACAGACACCCAAAUGUAAAUUUUGAAAUGGCCUAUUGAUUAACAAGACACACUGUUUAUCUUAUUAUUUUGUGCUAUAAUUUGCAGUUUACCUUGGAACAUAUUAUCAUUAGAAUUAUUUUACAUUGUUGUGUCUCAAUGGGCCGCAAGGCUAUAAAUAGUAUUUAUGUGCAAUGGUCAGGUCACUCUGAGGAAGAUGUCAGCUUUAUGUUGAAAUGUCAGUCACCUGUUCGCAUCCUGUACAAUGUAUUAAAGUGAGCAAUAA